AUGGCGGCGGCCAAGCGCUACAGCGCCGGCGGCCCGGGGCGGCUCGAGCCGCUUUCGUUAGGCUUAGCCCUCGCGGUCCUGGUCCUGUGCAGGACAGCCGCGGAGGCCGCCGAAAAGGGUGCAGAGCUCAGAUGCCAAGACGGCUGGUCACAAGACGGCGUCUACUGUUACAAAUUCUUCAGCAAUCAGCAUUCUUGGCGGAGAGCUGAGGAAGUCUGCCGCAGGUACGGCAGCCAACUAGCUUUAAUAUUAAAUUACAAUCAAAACAAUUUCACAAGAGGCCUUGCCGCGACGGGUCUCAAGGAAGUACCUCAAAGUGCAUACUGGAUAGGCCUUAGGUCCGUGGAUGACCUUUCCACAAACACCCUGGAGUCAUCCAGUGGCUACUUCAUCCCAAAGUAUGUGGGCUACUGGGCCCUGAACCAGCCAAGGCCCAAGGAUGGGCAGUGCGUCCAAGCCAGGAUGACUGAGCGCACGCAGGAGUGGCACUUGGCACCCUGCGAAGCUCUGCUCCCCUUCAUCUGUCAGGUCCCGGCUUGCCCAGAAGGGUCCUUUCUCUGCAGCAAUGGAAGGUGCCUCAACAGAAAAUGGAUGUGUGAUGGCCAAGACGACUGCGGUGAUGAGUCUGAUGAAAUGAACUGCCCCCAAUCGUGCCACUUCUACAUGCAAAGCUCAGGUGAUUCCAUCCAGUCUCCAAACUAUCCAAACAAAUACGAGCCAAACCUUGACUGCAAAUGGACCUUGGAAGGACCCCUUGGAACCGGUGUUGUGUUACAGUUUUCAGAGUUUGAGACUGAAGCCAACUUCGACACCGUCCAAGUGCUUUCUGGGGGAAGGACGGAAGAGUCCAGCGUAUCUCUCGUGACCCUGUCCGGAAAGCAAGAUCUCAAUGCCAAGUCUUUCAUGACAGCCUCCAAUCUCAUGAUCAUCAAGUUCAGAACCGAUGCGUCAGCUGAGAAGAGAGGCUUCCGGGCCAGCUGGAAAACAGAGCCUGUUAAGUGUGGAGGAGAGCUCAUGGCACAGCCCAGCGCGCAGGUUCUGAACUCUCCAAUGUACCCCGAGCCCUACCCUGGCGGACUGGAAUGUCUGUGGGUCAUCACUGCACCAGCCAGCAAGAUUAUAUCUCUCGAGAUUGUCGACCUGGAUCUGGAGCCAGCCAAGGACUCCAUCUUGGUCAGGGACGGUUCCCUCCCAUCCGAUCCGCUGCUGAACACCCUGACGGGGCCAGCCACCGAGAACCCGCAGUUCAUCAUGUCGACGCGAAAUCGCCUCUACCUCUACUUCCGUUCCAGCUUCGGAGACAGCCGAAAGGGAUUCUCCAUUCGGUUCCGUUCUGGUUGUGAAGUGGACAUUGCGUCCACGUCAGGAAACGUCUCCUCCCCCGCAUUCGGCGUCGAUAAGUACCCGCCCAACCAAGUGUGUGCCUAUCGGAUAACCAGGCCAGGAGGAGGUCCCGUGUCCCUCAAGUUUGAGAAGUUUGCCGUGGCUCCGGAUGACUUUGUACAGAUCUAUGAUGGUCCUGACACCAGAAAUGGCAUUCGGCUACACCCAGGCCAGGGCUACACUGGCACAAAUCGGCCGACACUUACCCUGACUGCAAGCAGUGGUCAGAUGUUUGUUACCUUCACCAGUAAUCCACUCAACACAGCUGCAGGAUGGCUGGCCAGCUUCAGUGCCGACUGCCCGCUCCUGACUGUGGGAGAGGGAGCCCUGGCCUCCAGUCGAGAGACGACUUUCGGCGCCAAGGUGACCUACGUUUGCCCUGCGGGCCAGGAGUUCAGCAACGGGAUGUCCAAGAUUGUGGCCGAGUGCAUGCCUGGGGGAAAGUGGAGCGUGGGCUCCAUUCCAAGGUGUCAGGAGCGCUACUGCGGAGCCGUCCCUCAAAUCGAUAGCGGCUUUGCCGUGGCUGCCACCAACGUGACGUACCGCGGACAAGCCACCUACCAGUGCUAUGCGGGCUUCGCCUUCACGGGGGGCUUCCCCACCCAGACCAUACGCUGCAACGAAGAGGGCAACUGGGUGAACCUGCCCACCUGCCUGGCCUCCUCCUGCCCACCCCUGCCGGAGGCACCCCAUACCGUGCACACCAUCCUCAAUGGUGGUGGCAAAAACUACGGCACCGUGGUGCGCUUUGAGUGCGAGCCCGGCUACCACAGGACGGGGUACCCAGUCAUCGUGUGCAAAAGCGACGGCCAGUGGUCUGCCGCACCGCCCACCUGCAAACGAGCACAGUGCCUUGACUUGCCAGCUAUCGAAAAUGGAUUUGUGAUGGAUGCUAGAAGGGCCUACUACUUUGAGGACGAAGCUAAAGUCCAGUGCCACAAAGGCUACAGACUGGAGGGAAAUCAUGUCAUCACAUGCGGACCCAACCAGACGUUCACCAACCUGCCCACCUGCCGAGACAUCAACGAGUGUGCAUCCUCGUCAGCUUGCGACUCUGCUUCCACAAUCUGCACCAAUACUUCUGGUGGAUUCUUCUGCAAGUGCAAAAAAGGAUUUGAGCCAAACCUGGACUGCAGGCCAGUGGGUGACCUUGGCCUGAGUAAUGCUGCCAUUCCCGACACCAGUAUCAAAGUAUCUGGCACAGAGGGUGGCUACCACAAGAAUAAUGUGCGCCUGGAUGGUCCGAGGGGUUGGUGCGGCAACAUCCCGAGAUCGGGCGAGAACUGGGUUCAGAUUGACUUCAGCGCUCCGACAGUUGUCCGAGGAUUCAGGACUCAGACGGUGGUCCGUGACGACGGCUCCCAGGCCUUCCCACUCAGCGUGCGCAUCCAGUACACCGACGACCUCACCGACCUCUUCAAGGACUUCGCUGACCCCAGUGGAAAAGCGCACGAGUUCCGUCUGACGCCCAACGGAGGGUCUGGGCUCGCCGUGGUGAACCUGCCGCUUCCCUUUGAGGCCCGGUAUGUCAGGGUGCUCAUCGUGGAGUACGUCGGAGCUCCCUGCAUGCGCCUGGAGCUCAUGGGCUGCUCACGUCAGGACUGUCUAGACAUCAACGAAUGUGUGCACAAGAACGGUGGCUGUGACCAACGCUGCAUCAACAGCCCAGGCAGCUUCAACUGCCUCUGCAAUGUUGGAUACGACCUCUACACGUCCAAUGGCACCAAUGGUUUCGCAAUUGUCGCCAGUGAGACGGGCACAAAGGAUGGAGACAUGUACCGCAUUAACAAGACCUGCGUCCCCAAAAUGUGCUCAACCUUGGACAACCCCCUCAACGGCCAGAUCCUGUCCACAAAGUCGCUGUACCACUUCGGCGACACCGUCCACUUCCAGUGCAACUUUGGCUACAUCAUGAUUGGCACCACAACCCUGACUUGCACCAGCGGAGGAAACUGGAAUGGAACCGUGCCAAGCUGCCAGAUCGCGACCUGCCCUGUCCUCGACGACGACGCAACACAGGGACUCUCCGUUCGCUCCAACGCAGCAGCGGACCAUGUGGUAUUCAAGAAGAAUGUGACUGUCACCUGCAACGAAGUCGGCAGGCCGCUGAGAGAGACGGCCACUGCGGGCUUCAGGCAGUGUGUGUACAACCCGUCGGACGGCAGGGCGGACUACUGGCUCUCGGGUGCACCACCGGAGUGCCGAAGAACUGACUGUGGCACACCCCCAGACACCAUAGGUGCAACGUACGGCUUCCACGUGGACACUAAAUACCGUGCCAGCUUCUUCUUUGGGUGCGAGGACACCUUCACCCUUGUGGGCAAGAGCAAGCUCAACGACAAUGUCAUCCGUUGCCAGGAAGAUGGAACUUGGGAUUUCGGAGACCUGAGAUGCGAAGGACCCGUGUGUGACGACCCUGGUCGACCUCCGGAUGGUUAUCAGAUUGCCACGAGCUUCGAGCAGGGCUCCGAGGUGCUCUUUGCCUGCAAUCGACCCGGAUAUGUGCCUUACACUACGGACCCCAUCACCUGUGUUAAGAGUGCUGAGUGCAAGGUCGUAAAGCCCCUCGGACUGGCAGCUGGAACCAUCCCAGACAGUGCCAUCAAUGCUACUUCUCAUAGGAGUAACUACGAACCCAAGAACAUUCGUCUCAACAGCGCGACAGGCUGGUGUGGACAACAAGAAGCCUUUACUUACGUAACGGUGGACAUGAAGAAAAUAUUCCACAUCAAGGCCAUUCUCGUCAAGGGCGUCGUCACAAAUGAUGUUGUAGGGCGUCCCACUGAACUGCGCUUCUUCUACAAGACCAGAGAAAACGAGAACUUUGUGGUCUACUUUCCCAACUUCAACCUGACCAGCCGAGACUCCAAGAACUACGGUGAGCUGACGGUGAUUCCCCUGCCCCUGAGCGUGCGAGCCCGCUACGUCAUCUUGGGAAUAGUGUCCUACAACAAAAAUCCCUGCCUCAAGUUCGAGCUGAUGGGCUGCGAGGAUACCGAGGAAGAUGUCUUGCUUGGCUACGACAGCGGCUACCCCAUCUGCGUUGACAGGGAACCCCCAACAUUCCUGAACUGCCCCACACACCCUUUGGUGCUGGAACGGACUCCUUCCGGCCACGUCCCAGUCAACUUCUCCAUUCCGAAGGCCAUUGACAACUCUGGACGUAUUGCUCGCUUCGAGGUCCGUCCACUGGGCUUCAGGCCACCUGCCGUGGUCUUUGAGGACAGCGUUGUGGAGUACCUGGCUUACGACUUUGAUGGAAAUGUUGCUGUGUGCACCAUCAACAUCACGGUGCCAGACUACACACCACCAUCGCUUACCUGCCCCCAGUCGUAUGUCGUUGAGCUCACUGAGCGUCAGGAGAGCUACCUCGUCAACUUCAAUGAGACCCGGCGUUUCAUCAAUGCCACGGACAAGUCCGGAAGCGUGGACAUCACCCUGACACCCGAGAGUGCCGUCAUACCCAUUGGUGGAUAUCGAAACGUCACCGUCACUGGCACCGAUCGCUUCGGCAACCAAGCCUUCUGCUACUUCCAGGUGUCCGUGCAGGCAACAACCUGUGUGGCAUGGUCGCUGGCGCCACCGACCAAUGGGGUGGUGAACUGCCUGCCAAAUGAGGAGAACACUGGCUAUCGUUGCCUGGCCACCUGCAACAACGGUUUCAAGUUCACAGAUGGGGAACAGGCCAAGACCUACGAGUGUGCCAACAAGGAGCAGUGGAGCCCAAGCUCCAUCAUCCCGGACUGUGUUCCUGAAGACACCAACCAGGCUGCCUACGACGUGAUUGCCUCGGUGGAGUACAGAGCGGGCGGAGCGUUGUCGGCAGUGUGCCUCAACCACUACGUCAGCUACGUAUCCACCUACUACAGCUCCCUCAACCGGCUCCUUUCCGAGCGCUGCUCCGCCAUCAAUGUGCAGAUGGACAUCUCUUUCCACAACACCAGCAUCAGGACAAGGGGCGAAAACGAGAUCACCAUCGGAUACACCCUGCGGAUCGUGCCCGUGGUGCGCCAGCGCUUGCUGUACGACUUGUGCGGCUCCACCCUGGGCCUCAUCUUCGACCUGAGUGUACCCAGCACCUCGGCGGUCAUCGAGCCCAUCCUCAACAUCAGCGCCCAGAACGUGGGAGGCCAGUGCCCCACCAUCCAGGCCAUACGUUCAGCCGUCGACCGCGGCUUCAACUGCGAAGCAGGGGAGGUCCUCAACCAAGACGUUCAGGGACAAGUGCCACGCUGCCUCCACUGCCCAGCCGGGACCUUUGCCUCUAAGGAUGAGAAGUGCACAUUCUGCAGCAGAGGCUUCUAUCAGGACCUGACUCGUCAGUCUUCCUGCAAGCGUUGCCCCCUGGGAACCUACACACGAGACGAGGGAAGCAAGAGCCUCACCGAGUGCAUCCCUGUCUGCGGCUUCGGCACCUACUCGCCGACGGGUCUGGUGCCCUGCCUCCAGUGCCCGGCCAACACAUUUGCUGGAACUCCGCCAAUGGAUGGUUUCAAGGAGUGCCAGCGCUGCCCUGCAAACACCUUCACCUACACUCCUGGAGCAGACUCUCUCUCCUCGUGCAAACCACGUUGUCCUCCCGGCACGUACUCGGAGACCGGUCUGGAGCCCUGCUCGCCAUGCCCCGUCAACUUCUACCAGCCUCAGGACGGCCAGACCAGCUGCGUCAAGUGCGCUCCCAACCAGAAGACUGCCAGACCGGGGGCUCUCAGCCCCGAGGCAUGCUCUCCCGUGCACUGCAACCCGAGCAUCUGCAAGAACGGAGGCCUCUGCGUGGCCCAGAACCAUGAGGCUCUCUGCUACUGCCCGGCGGGCUUCACUGGCCAGUUCUGCGAGACCGACAUGAACGAGUGUGACAGCAUGCCCUGCUACAACGGCGGCACCUGCCUGGACCACCCGCAGGGAUACACCUGCAAGUGUGCCCCAGGCUACAGUGGCCUGCAGUGCCAGCUGGAGAAGAGCGACUGCCUGAACAACACCUGCCCUGACCGCGCCAUGUGCCAGGACAUGCCCGGCAUUGGUACCGUCAACUGUCUGUGCCGCUCCGGCUACGAGGGACCCACAUGCAACAUCACCGUCAACCCUUGCACCGUCGGGGACAGCCCCUGCGCCAACGGAGGCCUCUGCAUUCCCCUGCUGCAGGGCCGCUACAAGUGCCAGUGCCCGCCAGGAUGGGCCGGACCCAUGUGCCAAGAGAAUGUCGACGACUGUGCCGAGAACCCUUGCCUACUGGGCGCCAACUGCACCGACCUGGUAAACGACUUUGUGUGCGACUGCCCCCCGGGCUUCACGGGCAAGCGGUGCCACCAGAAAGUGGACCUGUGCGGGGUGGACCCCUGCGUGCACGGGGUGUGCGUCGACCGCCUCUUCUACAGCGAGUGCCUCUGCCAGCCCGGCUGGGAGGGGCAGACCUGCGAGCGCAACGUGGACGACUGCCUCAGCAGUCCCUGCGCCAAUAACGGCGUCUGCAUCGACGCCGUGGACGGGUUCCGCUGCCAGUGCGACACCGGCUACACGGGAUCUCGGUGCCAGCACACCAUCGACGACUGCGAGUCUUCGCCCUGCCAGAACGGGGGCUCCUGCUUCGACCAGAUUGAAGGGUUCAUCUGCCAGUGCAGACCAGGCUAUGUGGGGCUCCAAUGCGAAGCGGAAGUGGACGAGUGCAUCAGCAGCCCCUGUUAUCCGACAGGCACCGAGCGAUGUGUGGAUACAGACAACUCCUACAAGUGCAUCUGCAACCCUGGUUACACUGGCGAACUGUGCGAGGUAAACAUAAACGAGUGCGAGUCCAACCCAUGCCUGAAUGACGGCAAGUGCACAGACUCUAUCAACGGCUACAAGUGCUACUGUCCGCCCGGCUGGACGGGAGAGCGUUGCGAGGUGGACGUUGGUGGUUGUUCUUCAGAUCCUUGCCUCAAUGAUGCGCGGUGCAUAGACCUCUUCGAAGACUACUUCUGCGUCUGCCCUUCGGGAACUGAUGGCAAGCGCUGCCAGACCUCCCCCCAACGGUGCAUUGGCAACCCAUGCACGCAUGGAGGGACCUGUAGAGACUUUGGCAGUGGCCUCAACUGCACGUGCCCCGCGGGCUACAGCGGUCAUGGCUGCCAGUACGAGCACAAGGCGUGUGCCGACGUGUGCCGCAAUGGUGCCACCUGCCACGAGGUGGGGGGCACCUACCACUGCACGUGCGCACCGGGAUUCACGGGCCCCCACUGCGAGGACGACAUCCAGGACUGCACCCCGUCCUCCUGCCCACCCAGCGCCACCUGUGUUGACCUCACGGGAAGCUUCUACUGCAAGUGUCCCUUCAACCUCACGGGAGAGGACUGCCGCAAACCCAUCAACAUAGACUACGACCUGUACAUCAACGACGAAAGCCGCUCGUCAAGUGCAGCUCUUGCCACAUCCUUUGAACUGGGGUCCAACAGCCUAACCAUCGCCAUGUGGAUUCAGUACAACACGCCCAGUUCCAUUGGAUCAUUCUUCACCCUCUACAGUGUCGAGUCACCCUACCUACCGGUUGGAAAGCGCAAGCUGGUCAUGGCAGAUGACACGGGCAUCAUGGUAUCGCUGUUCCCAGACCUGACCUCGGACAUCUACAUCCCCUACUUAGACAACGUGCCCAUCAACGACGGACAGUGGCACCAUCUGGUGGUAAUCUGGGACGGCAACCAGGGCACCCUCACACUCAUCACGGACACCGCUGUGGCUGGCAUGGUCACAGGCUACAUUCACGAUGAACAACUGCCAGAUUUCGGAUGGGUCAGCCUGGGCGCCCCUCUCAAUGAAGAAGACAAAGCAACCGCUGGCAGUGGCUUCCACGGACGCAUCAGCAGGGUCAAUGUCUGGAAUCGUGCACUGGACUUCACCUCCGAGAUUCCGCACCAGUUCCGCAGCUGCAAGAACGCCCCGGUUCUAUUUGACGGGCUGCUGCUCAGGUGGACUGGCUACGAUAGGGUGGACGGCACUGUAGAAAGGCAAGGCCCGGGUAAGUGUGGCCAGCGUGUGUGCGGCAUUGGCUUCACGGGCGACGAGUGCCGUGUCCGUCAUCAAGACAAGACGCCCCCCAAGACUGUCUAUUGCCCUCCCGACAUGUGGGUGGUGACUCCCAACAACUCGGUCGUUCUCCAGUGGGAAGAGCCCCGGUUUUCGGACGACUACGGCACGCUUCGUGUGUAUGAACGAAACAAUGUUAGGACAGGACAAGCGUUUAUGAAGGGAACGUACGACUUAUCCUACGUCGCACUCGACGAGGCUGGAAACGCGGCCCAGUGCGACUUCAGGAUACACGUCCUUAAUGAAUUCUGUCCUCUGCCGACGCCUCCGCUGGGUGGUCAGCGCCACUGCUCUGACUGGGGACCGGGUAGCAGGUUCAAGAUGUGUACCAUCAGCUGUGAGGAUGGCCAGGAAUUCAGCCAGCCCAUCCCGGAGUUCUAUGUGUGCGGAGCAGAAGGCUUCUGGCGACCCAGUGACAGCCCUGGAGAACAGCUGACGUUCCCUGCUUGCUCGCCAAAGAGGCCCGCGCAGCGUAUUUUCCGCCUCAACAUGAACUUCCCGUCGUCGGUCGUCUGCUCCGACUCUGGCAAGAAGAUCCUGCACUCCCGUAUCCUCGACAGCCUUCUUCAGGUGAACCGCAACUGGCGCAUCUGCGUGGACCAGUCCCCUGGGUCGUGUAAUGGCAUCCAAGUCAAGGUGGGCUGCAACAAGCACCCACGCAUUGUUCGACGCCAGCUGGAUGACAACGACGUGUACAAUGUGGAGGUCUCCUUCCCGGCCCACAAUGACCCAGUGGUGAAUGUCAACACCCAAGAGAAGUCAACAGUCAAGAAGAUAGUGGAGAAUGCUGUCCUGCAGCAGAGUGCCUUUGAUGUGCGGGACACCCUACCCAAUGUCUCUCCGGACUUAACAUCCCUCAACAUGGUCACCGACUAUGCAUGCCCGGCGGGAGAAGUCGUUGUUGCACCAUUCUGUGUGAAAUGCUCCCUGGGCACCUACUACAACAAUGCCACCCAGACGUGCCGAUCAUGUCCAGUGGGAUUCUAUCAGAACGAUGUAGGCCAGCCAUCCUGCAAGCCUUGCCCCACCAUCGCUGGCAAGCAGGGAGUUACGUCGGCCCCUGGAGCACGCUCCGCUGGCCAGUGCAAAGAACGGUGCUCAGCUGGCAAAUUCUUCGAUGAACCUCUGGGACUGUGCCGUUCCUGUGGCUAUGGGCUCUAUCAACACCGUGAGGGCUCCUUCUCAUGCCAGUCCUGUGGGCCAGGUCUCACCACAAGAACCAACGAGGCAGUUUCAGUUCAGGAGUGCAGAGAGGAGUGUGCCGCGGGACUGCAGCUCUCCCUGACUGGCCAAUGCGACCCCUGCCCCAGAGGAUCCUACAGAACCAGAGGCAUGGCAUCCUGCCACCAGUGCCCGCCGGGCAGGACAACUCCAAACUUUGGAUCGAUCAGCAUCGACCAGUGCUCCCUCGAGGUGUGUCGCGUGGGCCACUACCUCAACGGCACGAACGAGCAGUGCAUGCCAUGCCCAAAGGGCAGCUACCAGGACGAGGAGCAGCGGGACCUGGAGUGCAAGGCAUGCCCCACAGACACCACCACGGACGGCGUGGGCUCCACAAGCCGCAGCCAAUGCUCCGACCCCUGCCUGGUCAACGGGGAGCUCAGGGACUGCGAGGAGCACGCCUUUUGCGUCUUCGUCGAGGAGAAGCAGGACCACGAAUGCCGCUGCAUGCCUCGCUUCAGGCCCAACAACGACUCGGGAGAGUGUGUCGGUGUUUGCGAGGACUACUGCGAAAACGGAGGCCGUUGCGAAAUCAGCCAGGACACCAGCGAGCCACGAUGCGCGUGCCAGGGCAACUUCUAUGGCGACCGGUGUGAAAAGAAAUCGGAGUUUGUCUACAUUGUGGGAGGCAUUGCCGGAGCAGUCAUCUUUGUUAUCCUCAUCGUCCUCCUUAUCUGGAUGAUCUGCGUCAGAACGUCAUGGAAGAAUAAGCCCAAGAAGUUGCCCCAGCCCCCUCCCAUGGACAUCAGCGGAUCCCAGUCCAACUUCUACUAUGGAGCACCCGCACCGUAUGCCGAAAGUAUAGCGCCUUCUCACCACAGCACUUACGCCCAUUAUUACGACGAUGACGACGACGGAUGGGAAAUGCCAAACUUCUACAACGAAACCUACAUGAAAGACGGACUACACAACGGCAAGAGCGGGACCUUGGGCCGCAGCAAUGCGAGCAUCUAUGGCACCAAAGAAGACCUGUAUGACAGGUUGCGCCGGCAUCAGUACCAGGGCAGCAAAAAAGACACAAGUGACAGUGAAGACCAAGGACAAUAGAGUUAUCCAUCCUCAUGAAAAAAGAUCACCAUCCAGCAUCCUGGAACACACUUCUCAUUUACGUCUCCUUGAUAUGCUCCUAUUUUAUUUGAAGAAGCAGCUUUCUCAUCGAACCCUAUAGGCCGUCCAAGCCACCAACCGCAUGACCGUGCCAGAACCACUACCAGUGCUUCCACAUUCUACAACCAAAUCCAUUUCAAUGUGUGCAGAAUACGACACAGUCAGCACAAACACGAUCACCAUGUUUUUCUAUUUUUCUGUCACUGCCGAACGACUGCCAUCAGAUAUACUGGCAUAGUGGAAUCUGUUCAUCCUGGACCCUAACUGGCAGCAAAUUUUUUUUUCGUUCGACAUUAAGCUGUAUGAAUAAAGAGUGAAAAGCAUGAAUGUCGUGUUUGCGCCAACAGUGUCAUGCCUUGCACCUCUGUGGCAACCUAGUGCUUCGGCAUUUAUGAAACUAUCAGUGCUGCUGUUUUUACAUUGUUUUUUUCUUUUACACAUCAAGCUACUGACUCUGAAAGAAGGUAGCAGAAUGUUGCGUUCUCCUUUUCCAACUGUUUUGUUACGCUUAGUUUAUUUAAUUGAACUUAUAAAAGAGAGCUUUUUCUCCCUCGAUGGCGUGGCAAACAGUGAUGUCUAUGCUCAACCCGUUUGUUAUUCCCAGGGAACACGCCGUCCUAUGGACUAUGCCAACUGAUCAAAGUUGAGACUAAAACCCACGUUGUGGGAUAGUGUUUGAUGCGAGAUGCCCCAAUAAUUUCGGUCACAAGAAGGAGAGGUGUAUAUAAUAGCCUAUUUUAUUGCCAACAGGGGGUCUACUACAACUUCUGUGUAGAUAGGUUUCUCAAAACUCUUGAUUGUGCCACUUCAGCUAAUUCCAGUCUUUACAAGAUGUGUUUCUGUUUCUGUAAAUAUUGUGGUAAAAAAAAAGGUGUGCCCAUUUUCCUUUUGUACUGAGCUUGCAGUCCCUGCUGUGAGCAGUCAAUGACACUGUUGAUGGGUGACUAUUGAGUAUUUGAUGGGGUUGACGAACUAAAAAAAUAGUAGUGGGGGCUGUUUCUUAAGGUGGUAAGCGUCAAAUAUGUGUUGCCUGGAGUAACAGUUAAUGUAAUGAUGUACUCCAGUUUGUGAUGCAACUUCUUUACGAGCAGAUUUAACACUCUGACGCACAUGCUAGGUGUAAGACUGUUUUCUGUGCACGUUUUUGUGCACUGUAGCUAAACACAGUUUUGAGUCCCCCUUUUAUUUUUUUCAUCGUCUUGGUUGAGAAUGAUUGGUCCACUAAACUAUCGCCAUGUUACUAUGCCGUGUGCGUGCGUAUGUAUGUAUGUUGUACAGCAAAUCUUGUUUGAUUUUUUUUUUCUUGAUGAGUUGUAUCACCCCAAAGUAUGGGUAUGGAGUGAGACAAUAAAAUAUUUUUUUUU